AAUGAUACCCUCUUAUUCUCUCGCAUCUCCACGUCCGCUCCCCUUCCUCUCUCCGUACCCACCCCCUAAACCCACCCACACUCUCGACCUACCCCCCUCCAAAACCUCAAAAGCCAGCCCUAUUUCUCACUACAAUUCCCUCAUCAGAACCCACAUCGAAUCCCACCGACCGAGCAAAGCCCUCUCCCUCUUCAACCAGCUACUCCUCUCAACGCCAACUCUUCACCCAGACCACUUCACCUUCCCAUUAAUCCUCAAAGCCUGCGCUCAUCUCUCCUCUCUCAAACAAACCCAACAAAUCCACUGCUUCGUUCUCAAAUCCAACGCCAUCCCGCAGCACGACGUCUUCAUCCUCACCUCUCUCAUCAACGCUUAUGCUGAAUGUGGCAGUAUCGAUGAUGCCCGCCGCGUGUUCGAUAGAAUGCCUGAAAGAAACACGGUCACUUGGAACUCUGUGAUGUCUGGGUUGUUGAAAUUCGGUGAUAUAACCUCGGCGUUUAGAAUUUUCAAUGAGAUGCCGAUGAGAAAUAUUGUUUCGUGGAAUUCGUUGAUGGCAGGGUAUGUGAAGGCGAGCUUGUCCUAUGAAGCUAUUGUGCUCUUCAUCGAGCUACAGGUUUCGGGUUUGAAACCAGAUGAGUCGACUAUGGUGAGCCUCGUAUCGGCUAUUUCUGAUCUGGGUCUGCUUGAUUUGGGAAGAAGAGCACACGGGUACAUAGCACGUAACGGCUUACCUCUUGAUGGAGCUCUUGGUGUUGCGUUGAUCACCAUGUACAGUAAAUGUGGGAGCAUUGAUGCUUCUUACAGAGUCUUUCAGUUAAUCCCAGUAAAGAAUGUCAACCAUUGGAGUUGUAUAAUCGGAUGCCUCGCGAAUCAUGGCCAAACCGAGAAUUCUCUUCAAGUUUUCUCUGAAAUGCUACAUUUGGGCAUCAGGCCAAACCAUAUUACAUUUGUUGGUGUUCUAAAUGCUUGUAGACACUCAGGCUCAACAGAGGAAGGUAUAAAGUACUUCAACCUUGUGAAAACAUUCGACAUAGAACCAAGAAUUGAGCAUUAUGGAUGUUUAGUUGAUUUGCUCGGCCGUGCUGGAUUUCUAAAGGAAGCGAUGGAGAUAGCUUGCAAUUUGUCAAUGGAUCCUGGAUAUGUUGUAUGGAGCACAUUAUUAGCUGCUUGUAGAAACCAUGGGAAUGUUGAGAUUGCAGAGACUGUGGCAAAGAAGAUGAUCGAACUUGAUCCAGACGAUGGAAGUCCUUACGUUUUGAUUUCGAAUAUCUAUGCGCAGGUUGGGAGAUGGGAGGAUUUUAGGAAAAUGAGGAGGAGGAUGGAGGAGAGAAGAGUAAUGAAGGUUACAGGUCUCAGUUGGAUUGAAGUGGAUGGUGGGGUUCAUGAGUUUGCUGCUGGAGACAAGUUUCAUGUGAAAGCUAAAGAGAUUUAUUGUGUUCUGGAAGAGAUGACGGAAAUUUUGAGAUGGGAAGGGUAUAGACCAGUUGAAUCUGCUGAUUCUGGCAGCAGGAUGGGAAAUAAUGAGGAAGAAGACGUGAGAAUUGAGUCUCCAAUUUCUUAAAUUGCAAAGCAGACAACUUGUCACAAAUUUUUGAAUGUUUUUGUACAAAGCCAACACUGUUAUUGUCUAACACAAAUAUUGCAAAUUAUUGUGUAGAUCUGAGACUAUUUAUCGUUAAGGCAAGAUUUUACCAG